UCCCUGAAGCUUGAUAAGACAAUCCUGAAUAAAUGAAUUAACUCUUUCAAACAACAUGGUCAGAAAGGGAUUUUGCUUGCUAGUGGACUGCUCAUCUUUUCGCCGACAUCCCGAUGGUGCUUUGUCACCUUAUCCGUACUCCGGAGAUAAUGACGUCGUGAAUCAUGGCGAGGGCCGACCAAAUAUCUCCACAAAAUGUUUUCUAAAAGACGCCAAACUCGCGCCAUGUCUCAAUUUGCGCUGCAUUACAGGCCCGUCAGCCAUGAUCGACUUGCAACAUGGCAAAAACCGAACCACAACGACCCGAGGGAAGUUCAUCCCAUCCCCAACCCAAUCCAGCUCACGAAACAAUCCGCGAGAAAGAUUCUACCCCGACCUCCUCCGAUGACGCUGAUAACACGGACACCUCGGACAACGACUCCAACUAUGACGGCCACCGCCCAACCUCCCACGACAUCCGCCUCUCGCGGUUCCGAACCAAAGACACCGUCCGCUCCGCCAGCACCGUGACAACCGUCUCCUCCUCGAGCAUUGCCGACCCUCCCCACCCACAACCCCGAUCCCCUUCCACCGUCCGACGAGGCAGCACGGGGAGCUCCAAUGUCCGACAAACCCUCUCCCGCCGCUCGACCGCCCUGAUAAGCCGCAUCCGGUCCCGCCCUACCACCCAUCCACCACAGUUCACGCACCCGCUCUCGCACAUCCCCACCACCGCGUCGUACCUCGUCGACUUCGACGGCCCCGAAGACGCGUACAAACCGCUCAACUGGCCCACGCGCAAAAAGGUCAUGACCACGAUGCUCUACGGCCUAGUGACCAUGACGGCGACGUGGGCGUCGUCGUGCUACUCGGCCGGCACGGCGCUUAUCGCGGCCGAGUUCGGCGUCGGCGAGCAGGUGGCCGUCCUCGGCACAUCGCUGUUCUUGGUCGGGUUCGGCAUCGGCCCGCUGCUCUGGGCGCCGCUGAGCGAGGUGUACGGGCGCCGGCUGGCCGUGUUUGGGCCCAUGUUUGUGGCCAUGUGCUUUAGCUUUGGGAGCGCGACGGCCAAGGACUUCCAGACGCUGAUGCUGACGCGGUUUUGGGGGGCCUUCUUUGCGAGUGCCCCUGUCACGAAUACCGGGGGCGUGCUCGGGGAUUUGUUCGGCCCGGAGCAGAGGGGUAUUGCCAUGGCUGGGUAUGCUAUGGCUGUAGUGGGUGGGCCUGUGCUAGGGCCGAUCGUAUCUGCUGCCGUGGUUGUUCAGCCUGGUUUGGGCUGGCGCUGGACCGAAUACCUCGCGGGCAUCCUUCAGGGGUUCAUUCUCCUCGUGGCAAUGAUCGUCAUCGACGAGACCUACCCGCCCAAGCUGCUGGUCUACAAGGCCCGCCGGCUGCGCAUCCAGAGUGGCAACUGGGCGCUGCACGCAAAGUUUGAGGAGUGGGACGUCAGCAUCGUCGAGCUGGCCCGCAAGUUCCUGGUGCGUCCCGUCCAGCUGCUCUGCACCCCAAUCUGCUUCCUGGUGGCGCUGUACGCGAGCUUUUGCUACGGCAUCUUGUACAUGCAGCUCGGUUCCAUUCCCAUCAUCUUCAGCGAGGUCCGCGGCUGGUCGCCCUUUGUUGCCACCCUGCCCUUCUUGUGCAUCUUAAUUGGGGCUGUCCUCGGCGCAGCAGCAAAUGUGUACAAUCAAGUGCUCUACAACAAGGCAUACCGCGCAGCUGGGAACAGAGCUGUACCCGAGCGGCGUCUUCCGCCUAUGAUGAUAGGCUCGGUGCUGUUCGCGGGCGGACAGUUCCUCAAUGGGUGGACGGCCGGUCCGCACGUUCACUGGAUUGUCCCGUGUCUCGGACUGGUGAUGCUCGGCACCGGAUUCUUCACUAUCUUCCAGGCGGCCCUGAACUACCUCGUCGAUACGUUUACAAAGUAUGCUGCCUCGGCCGUGGCUGCCAACACCUUUCUGAGGUCGUGCUUUGCAUGCGCCUUCCCACUGGUCGUUGGCCCAAUGUACCGCAAUCUCGGUGUUGGCCCAGGGUCGUCGACACCGGCGGGCUUUGCUGUGCUCCUGAUACCCGUGCCAUUUGUGUUUUUUGUCUACGGAGAGCGGAUACGGGCUCGGUCCAAGUGGUCACGGGCUUCUGUUCGCGCUGGAGCAAAGGGGAAGCGAGACACUUGAGUUCAAGAUCUAGCGAGAUACUCUAGAGCCUAGACCGAGCCUAAGAGAAGGUGUUCGUAACACCUUCCAAAAAUUUCGCAUCGCAAGAGUAAACCCAUAUCGGAUGGCACCCUGAACGACCAAAAAUAGUCCGUGGCGCGUACAGUGACAUUCCCUCCAAUUUACGUGAGUGGAUGGAAGGAGGGAGGUGCUUGCCACAAGUGAGGGGCAUAUCUACCGGAAAGUUGUGAAAACGGUUUGAACGUCUUUAUCAAGGGUGCAUCGAUUCCUAG